AUGGACUCCAUCGCAGUCGCUCCCAAGGCGGCGUCACUGGCGUCGCCAAAGGUCGUCAAGAAUGCCAAAGGCAACAUCGUCCCCAGUAGCCAGAUGGCGCAUAUCGCCUAUGGCUGCGAGCACAUGGGCGAGAUGUUCGAGAAUGCGCGCAAGCAGACACUCAUCGCCUACCAAGCCAUCCUACGCAACAUACACGAGAAGCCGAGUAUAAUAGCGCAAACACAUAAUUCCUCCUCUGAAAGCAAACCUGUCGUUGCGCUGCGGCCCCUGUACCUGUGCUUGCAAUGUCCCAGCAUCAUGACGGAGACCGAUCGAGACCACCACUUCGAGACGAAGGCUCACUGUUUUUCGGUUGAAUCACGAGAGGGCAACGUGUAUUGUGGCAACUGCCAGGACUUCAUAUAUGACCCAGAACUCGAAAUCAGGAGGCUACAGAAAGGUCGGUACAUACCCGCAUGUAAGGAGUAUAACCGCAAGAAGCGCAAAUUCGACGAUACGACGACCGCCGACGACGUGAAGCUGAUCGUCAACAACUCCACGUUCCUUCCCUGCCGAGCGAUUGGUCUACGAGGACUUUACAACAUGGGUCAAACAUGCUUUAUGAGCGUGAUACUGCAGACACUGGUGCACAACCCCUUCAUACGAAACUUCUACCUCUCAGAAGGGCACAAGCAAGCCGAUUGUGAAAGGGAGGCAUGUGUGAGCUGUGCCCUUGAUGAGAUGUUUGUGGAGUUCUACUCAUCGGAUAAGAAUGAGGGCUUCGGAGCAGUCAGUAUGCUCAUGGGAAGCUGGCUGGCUGGCGAGGCACUUGCAGGCUACCAACAGCAGGACGCACAUGAGUAUAUGCAAUUCAUUCUCAACACACUCCACCUCGCAAACGGUGGCUCUACCGAUUCCGAUUCCGAUGACUGCAAAUGCGUGGUCCAUCAAACUUUCUAUGGCAAACUUUCUAGUACCGUCACAUGCGACAGUUGCCGCAACGUUACAACCGCGCAGGAUCCUUACAUGGACCUCAGUCUCGACAUCAAAAAUCAAACAAAGAAGCGAAAGAUGAAUGCUGACAAAGGUGAUGAUGUGCCGCUUGACCUGAGGGAUUGUCUUGAGAGGUUUACGGCAAAAGAAAAGCUAGGUUCGGCAGAAUAUACAUGCCGAAACUGCGAUAGCCCACAAAAUGCAACGAAGCAACUGAGCAUCAAACGACUGCCACCAGUACUCGCUGUUCAUCUGAAGAUUCUCAAGAAGUCUCUGAAGUCGACAGGUGCACCGCCUACGAACUAUAAUACCAAUACGCCAGUGAACAGCCUGACCUAUGAGCUCUCCUCGGUCAUUGUGCACAAAGGCAAGAUCGACUCAGGUCAUUACGUCAGUUACUCUCGCGAGGGUAAUGACUGGUUCAUGUUCGACGACAGCAAGGUAGUACUUGCAAGCGAGGCAGAAGUUCUAGCUGCUGAGGCCUACUUGUUAUUCUACAUGGUGAGCGGACUAGAGGUCUGA